AUGUCACGAACGGGAGUAUUAGUUUUAGGACCAGCAGGAGCUGGUAAAUCUACAUUUUGUAAUGGUAUAAUAUCUCAUAUGCAGCAAAUAGGAAGAAGAGCACAUUUAGUUAAUUUAGAUCCUGCUGCUGAUCCACAACAAUAUGAAUUUACAAUAGAUAUAAAAGAUUUAAUUAGUUUACAAGAUGUAAUGGAAGAAAUGGAAUUAGGACCAAAUGGAGGAUUAUUAUAUUGUUUUGAAUUUUUAUUAAAUAAUUUAGAUUGGUUAGAUGAAGAAAUUGGUGAUUAUAAUGAUGAAUAUUUAAUAUUUGAUUGCCCUGGUCAGAUUGAAUUAUAUACUCAUUUCCCAGUAUUACCUACUAUUGUUAAACAUUUACAACAACUGUUGAAUUUUAAUCUAUGCGCUUGUUAUUUAUUAGAAAGUCAAUUUAUAAUAGAUUCUUCAAAAUUUUUUAGUGGUACUUUAUCAGCCAUGUCAGCAAUGAUUUUAUUAGAAUUACCACAUAUAAAUAUAUUAUCAAAAGUAGAUUUAAUAAAACUGGAAUAUAGUAAGAAACAAUUGAAGAAAUUUUUAAAUCCUGAUCCAUUAAUGUUGGCAAAGAAAGAAGAUGAGUUUAAUCCGAAAUUUUCGAAAUUAACAAAUGCAAUUGCAAAUUUAGUUGAUGAUUUUGGAAUGGUACAAUUUUUACCAUUAGAUUGUUCAAAAGAGGGAAAUAAUAUAGAAACUAUUUUAAGUUAUAUAGAUGAUGUUACACAAUGGAGUGAAGCUCAAGAACCAAAAGAACCUAAAGAUGAAAUAGAAUUUAAUGAAGAUGAUUAA